AUGGAGCCAAUAACGACAUCAACUCCAUCAUCAACCGAUUAUAAUUUACAUAGUAAUGUCUGUUUCUCGAUCCAAGAAGAGAAGGACAUUUCCAAAGUACCCACAUGUGAUCCAAUAAUGUCAGUCGAUCUCAAACUACACGAUCAUCAAUCAAUCAAGUACAAAAAGAAGACAAAGAAUUUAUUUGUAUCCAUACUUAGUUGUUUUGGAGAGGACACAUGUAUACAGACACCUGCCAAUGAUACUUUGGGAUCAGUUGUGUAUGACUCUAAUCGUGUUGGAGCAUCGGCCAAUGAUGACUUUUCAAACAAUACAGAUGCAGUGGUACCAGAUAAAUACCAAGUACUUCUGCCGCCAAUGAUGCCAAUCACCAAGGGCCUAAAGACUCUGGUGAUAGACCUCGACGAAACAUUGGUCCACGCAGCAUUCAAACCCGUGCCCAACCCCGAUGUGAUACUCGAGGUCGAGAUGGACACUGGCCCCCUAACAUUCUAUGUCUGCAAGAGACCACAUCUGGACGAGUUCCUAGACUACAUCCAUGGCAAGUUUGAGAUUGUCGUGUUCACCGCCAGUCUGGCGAUAUACGCCGACAAGCUACUCAAUAUCAUUGACAAGAAGCAUGUGAUCCAGCAUCGAUUGUUUAGAGAUUCGUGUAUAUUGUAUAAUGGCAACUACACCAAGGACCUGUCCGUGUUGGGCCGUGACCUUAAAAAGACGAUGAUCAUCGAUAACUCACCUCAUGCCUAUCAAUUCAAUCCUGAGAAUGCCAUCCCAAUUGGUACAUGGAUCAAAGAUAGGAGUGAUAGACAACUGAUCGAGUUGAUCCCAUUACUGGACCAUCUUCAAAAAGUGACCGAUGUAAGAACUGUCCUGGAAGAAAGAUAUUCCAGUUAA